AUGGCUCCCAGUGCUACUACAAAUGGCGACCAGAGCUAUAUCUACCCUCGUGUUGAACAAGUGCCAGUGAACAAUGAUUUCUACCUCAACAAUCCCGACCCAGAGAACGAUGUCGAAAUACCUGAUCAUUUGUUUGGCUCUAAGCGUAAGCUCCGUGUGAUCGUCCUGGGAUCAGGUACAUCGGGCAUCAAUUUCUUUAAAUUCGCAGAGGACAAAGCGUCAAACCUGGACAUCUGCUGUUACGAGAAGAACGAAGAUGUAGGAGGAACUUGGCUGGAAAACCGUUAUCCAGGAUGUGCGUGUGAUAUACCAAGCGUAGUAUAUCAAUUCCCUUGGAGGCCAGCAAAAUGGUCGAAGUACUAUUCGUAUAGUCCAGAGAUAUGGAAGUACGUAAAAAUGGUGGCCGAAGAGAACGACUUUAUCAACAAGUAUAUCAAGCUUUCUCAUGAGGUUAAGUCGCUUUCUUGGGACGAAGGGACUGGCCAAUGGACAGUUGAGGUGGAAGACCUCAGGGCAGGCCGGACAUUCAAGGACCAUUGCGACUUCGUGAUUAAUUGCACUGGCGUUCUGAACAAGUGGAAAUGGCCAGCAGGGAUUGAGGGAUUGCACAGCUUCAAAGGGCAAUUACUCCACUCUGCACAAUGGAAUCAGUCAGUAGAUCUAAAAGGCAAACGUGUUGCUCUAGUGGGCGCAGGCAGCAGUGCGGUGCAGAUUCUACCUAACAUAUACGAUAAUGUUGAGAAAGUCUACACCUGGGUAAGAAGCAAGAUCUGGAUAACGGCAGGCUUCGCUCAAAAGUUCGCUGGCAAGGACGGCGCAAACUUCGAGUACAACAAGGAACAGCUCAAGCUUUUUGAACGUCCAGACGAGUACAAAGCAUACUGCAAAAUGAUCGAGGGAGAACUCAAUCAACGCUUCUCAUUCAUCAUCAACGGCAGCAAAGCUCAACGCGACGCCGUCGACUUCUCCAUGCAGGACAUGAAAUCCAAAUUACAAGGCCGAACAGACCUCCUCGAGAAGCUCCAACCAGACAACUUCUUCGUCGGCUGCCGCCGUCCCACACCAGGAAACGGCUAUCUCGAGGCCCUCUCCGCCGACAAGACCACAGCCUAUGCCACACAACUCGAACGCAUCACAGAAAAGGGCUUCAUCGACCCCGACGGAAACGAACACGAAGUCGAUGUAAUCAUCUGCGCUACAGGCUUCGACACAACCUACAAGCCACGCAUCCCCAUAAUCGUCGACGGCACAGACAUGCGAGACACCUGGGCAACCAACAACCCCACCGCCCCGGCCCCAACAUACCUCUCCGUCGCCCACCCCGGCGUCCCCAACUACAUCGUCUUCGCAGGCGCCUACUGUCCCGCCGCACACGGCUCCUUCUUCCCACUAAUCCAAUGCUACUCCGACUACGCGCUCCAAAUCCUCUCUAAGAUUCAAACAGAGAAUAUAAAAUCUAUACGUCCAAAACUCCGCGCGACACAACAAUUCCUCCACCACGCUGAUACCUUCCUCAAACGCACGGCCUGGACCGGUCCGUGUAGCAGCUGGUUCAAGGGUGGGAAGAAAGACGGGAAACCAGCCAUAUGGCCCGGAUCACGACUGCAUUUUCUGAGAUUGCUAGAAAAGGUGCGUUUUGAGGACUUUGAGAUUGAGUAUAUGGAUGAAGAGAAUAUGUGGGGGUUCUUGGGGAAUGGGUUUCAUGUUUGUGAGAGGGACGGAAGCGAUAUUACGUGGUAUCUGGGACGGCCGGAAGGGAGGGUUAGCGAGGAUGAGAUAUUGGGUAUCAUGGACGGGACGAAAGGGGUUGAGAUGAGGAAGUCGUGA